AUUUUAUGUGAAAUCGCAUCGCAUGUCGGCUUCAGCCUGCCGCCGACUUCUCAAGGCAAUGGUGAAGACGCAGCGCUCAGCCUCACAUCACGGUGCCUUGGGCGUUUUCUGCCUGGCCUACCUGCUGGGCGUUCCGGUGGGAGUGACGGGCCGUGAAGUAGCUGGCAGUGAGGACAAUGGCUGGACGGACAACGGCUCCGGAGGAAACUCCAACGCUGCCGUGCCCGAUGGAGCGACGUCUCUCGUUUUCGUUUUGGACGUGAGCGGCUCGAUGCAUCGGCACCUCCAGCAAGUAGCCGAUGGUUUGCAGGGGAUACUGAACGCGACGCUUUCACAGGACGAGGCGCUCUUCCACAACUACGUGCUGGUCCCUUUCCACGACCCUGUUGUCGGUCCGACGCUGGUGACACGCGAGCCGGCCCACUUCGAGCAGCGUCUACGUGCCCUGACGCUUCGCGGAGGCGGCGACUGCCCCGAAAUGGCGCUCACUGCACUGCGCGAGGCCCUGCGGCUCUCCCUGCGUGGCUCUCACGUGUACCUGUUCACAGAUGCCCGUGCCAAGGACUAUCACCUCCUCGAUGCUGUCCUGGCACUCGUGCAGAGAAAGGAGGCGCAGAAAAAGGCGCCAUCCUGGCUGCUUAAGGCGAAGAGCCUUAUCCACUGGGCCACGACCGUUGUCGUUGCUAGGCCACUGUUCUAG